UUGGCUCAGUUGCUCCCAAGGAGACCUCGGUUCAUGUCGAUCGACUUGAGGAACAAGAGCCCCUUGACACCUCUUUUCUCGCCUCAGGGCCUUUCAAUCCACCCUGUUAUGGAACUCUGUUUUCCAAGUGCUUCAGCCCUCAAAACCUGACCUAGGAGUGGUGGAAAAUUGUGAGCCUCCAUUUUAUUACCGGUGUGAUUUCCUAGCCUGAAAUGAACCAUUAAUCAACCUCCAGGAACGUGGGAUCCAAUCGAGUCAUGGCCAAUUCAAAGUCCAAUAGUCGCACGGGCAGUCUCAAGAGCUUCAGCGAAGCUGCUGGAGCCACCAAGGGUCUUCGAAGAUUUGGACAAAGCAUCAAAAGAGUCGUCAGAGAGGUCAAAGAAGAGAGUAAUGUUUCAGAGUCACGCGAUACCUUAGUUGACCGUUACAACCGCGCCACGUACGCCACGAGGCUCUUGGAAGAGACCUACCAGAUCUCCAUCUCCAAUUUGGUGACUCUCCACAACAACUACAUGCGCUCAAAGGAAGUCAAGAAUCUGUUCAACCGUUACACGCUUCUCAGAGACAUGAUCAAGGAUGCGGUCAAAUUGGAAUCGUCUUGGUGGGCGGUGGCAGAGCUGCCCAAACAGAAUCGGGCUGAAUCCAUCCAGGAUUACGUGCUUCGGGUGUGCUCAGUCUUGGAAACACUCAGGAUGCCCUUCGAUGCCAGUGGAGGAUUCCAGGAAUCCGAGAAAGAAAAAGAGGCCAGGUUGGAGAAGGUCAAUGAAAUGACAUCCAUGCAGCUGCAAGAGGAAAACGUGGUGCUAUUUAACAACCUCUAUCGCCUCCUCAAGAAAUACGUCGCCAUUCGUCAAAUCAUCAAAACACUUAGUAAUGAGUAUGCCGACAGCAAAUUGUAUCCAAUGUUCCCCCGUUAUAACCUCCUAAAGGAUAUGAUCAAAGAGGUUACCCAUCAUCCGGAUUACAUGGAACAUCGCCACGAAUCUAGAGUUCAACCAGACUAACUUUCGUUGGCUUCGAAAUAUUGCAAUUGGUGGAUCGAAUUUAUCUGAACCCAAUUUUCUUGUGACUUCAGAUGUGGUAGUCAUUGACAAGCCUCUUUUAACCUAGAGAACGAUGUGAUUAAGUUAGACACGGUUGCUUCAACGAACUUGAUGAGGUUUUAUUUUUCAAAUAAUUUCUUUGUUUUCUCCAACUCAUUUUUUUGAGAUCUCUAAUAUUUGAGUCUCAACAAAAUGGUUUAAACACAAUUUGAAUUAGUAUCAUUAUGCUUCGAUAUGUUUGGUGUAAAGACUGUAGUUCACAAUUUGGCCUAACACGUAACGUGAAAUCUUGGAUUUUUCUCAACAUUUAAGAACCCUCUCCGCUUUAAAUCAUUUCCGAAUAUACUAAAAAGUACAUUUAUUUAACACCUCACCCCCGCCCUCAGGUAAUUGAAGAAAUUUCAAUAUUUUUCAUAUUUUCCUAAAAAUGUCCUAUCAAGCAAAAGGGACUUGAAGCAACUGUGCAUGAAAGAAAAGAACAUUUCUGCUCAAAUGGCGUUUGAAAGAUUUUUUGUCAAACAUUGUAGCGUACACAUGGUUGUGGUCAGUUUGAAUUCCGUGUUUCUUUAAAUCCUUAUAUCGUUGUUGAAUACUGAGAUCUGUAGUCGUUGGAUUGAAAGAAAAAUUAUCAUUCAAACGUUUCCGUAUGUCCUUCGGCGAUAAAUGAUAACAUUCAAGUUUGUUAGAUUGAAUCAUGUUUGAAGGUAAAUAAGGUCAUUUAGAAGCUUACCUUUGGAACUGGAACGUUUGAUUGGACUUUUAAAACGUGCUUGACAAACUCAUAAGAGCCGUGCAAAGAAAAUCAUAAAAUUUCAGAUUGAUGGCAGGAAUUGGCUUUUGUUUAUUGCAUCGGAAACCAUUGAUAAAUAUUGCCAUUAUUUUCAUUUUAUUAUAGCCGCAACUAAAUUUCUGCCUUCCAUUUCUUUUUUUCAUUCAAACUUCACUGCCAACGGUACUUUCAAAUUGAAUUCAACCUUGUUCAACCUUGUGUGCUGUCAUUUCGCUAUCAUUAAAACACUAUUUCACCCCUUGUACCCUUUGGUAGAAAUGUAGAUUACCCAAUGAUAACCCAUAUAAAUGGAUGGCCUCGAGAUAGAAUUGCUGUCGUACGUUGAAUGUUGUUUUUGCCAAGAACCAUCUGUGAACUAAAAUAUGCCGAAAUAUACUCCAUAUGUGUCACAAUA